AUGAUGUUUGUGUCCUGGUCAGAUCAGAACAACAUUCUCAUCUACAGGACAUUUGAAGACUUUAGGAAAUUCCAUAAAGAGCUGAAGAGAAAAUUCCCCACUGAGAGUGGAUCCUCUGCUGUCCUAUGCCAACUGUGCCCUUGUUAUUUUGAAGGAAUAACUAUGCAGCAGAGGAAGGGUGGGAAGCUGAACAGGUGCCUGGAGAUCCUGAAACUGCUGGAAACUUAUUCCCAGGAGCUGCUGAAAACAGAUGUGAAAAUCUCCCGGGGUGAAGAGGUGAAUCAAUUUUUCAAGGCACAGACUCAAGACCUCGAUCCCUCCUUCCCUGAAAACAGUGCUGUGAUCAUGCCAUCAGUUUUCAGAAGGGAGAAGAGCCCCCAGCCCCUCUCCAUCACCCUCCCUCAGGCAUCGCAGAGCUACCGCUGCAUCGAGGCCUUUGAAACCAAAGACACAAAGAACAAACCCUUCACAGUGGCUCAGAAGGAGAUUGUGGAAGUGCUCAUCAAGGACAUGACUGGCUGGUGGCUGGUGGAAAACGCAGACAAGCAGAUAGCCUGGUUCCCAGCCUCGUACCUGGAAGAGCUUGAUCCCUGUGAGGACAUCCAGAAUGCCUUCAGCUCAGAUGAGGAGGGCAGCCUGUACUUUGUGGUGCAGGCCUACGAGGCUCAGAAGGCAGACGAGCUCUCGCUGAAUCAGGGGGUGGUCGUGGAGGUGCUCAGGACAUCCCACAACGGCUGGUGGCUGAUCCGGUACAACGGCUGCACUGGCUACAUGCCCUCGCUGUGUCUCCGGCCCUACCAGAACCCUCACCACAAGCUCCAGACCAUCCUGAGCUGCGGCCUCCAUGCCUGCACCCCGAGCCUCAGCUCCCACUCCUCGCUGAGUUCGGGGAGCAGCAGUGCCGGGGACGCCCAGCUGGCCUGGAAACCCGACUUGUCUCGGUCCCUGCCCGAGGUGGAGCCGGCCAGGAGCGCUCCUGGCCCGAGCCGCGGGCUGGCCACGCACAGCAGCAAAUCCCCGCAGCUCAGUGCCAGCGACAGGAACGACUCCGGAUUCGUGGAGUCCCCCGCAGCCGAGCUGCCCCUCGUCGAGCCGGAGCUGGCCACGGGUGUCCCCAAGGUGCCAGCCCGUCCCUCAGCCCAGGAGAUCCUGCAGCGGUGCAGCACUGUCACCAAGCGCGCCGUGCAGCGCUCGGCUCCCCGGCCGGCCCUCCCGGUCCCCAGCCAGCUUUAG